CUAAAUUUCUAUUUAUAGUUCCCGCCAAAACUGGCACUUGACCUUUGUGAAAACAUGUUUCAUAUAUAUAAACAACAUUGAAAUUUGACGUGAAUUACUAAACGAACAUGCACCGAAAACGAAAGCUAGAUAACAGGGGAUAAGAUUCUUUUCUCGAUAGAAUGGCCCAUCAACGUACGUUAGAGAAGUCCAAAUAUAGGAACUGGGUGAGAGGUGGACUGGCGUAUAAAUAUCUUAAGGAAGGUAUAGAAGAAUUUGUUGAUGAUGUGGUUCAACAGGAACACAGCAGAAUUCUUAACGUUGUCAAUCAUUCACAUGGAAUCACAUGUAACCAGUGUUGUUUCCGAAACCUGCAAACAAUGCAUAAGUGUCAUCAAGAUCCUGCUACCGGCAGAAACCAGUGUCCUUGGGGUCAGUUAAAAUGUAACUGCCUCUAUCCAAAAAAGAAGCACUGUCCAAAUAAAAUAUGUGGUGAAAUAAUGGAAGAAAUCUUGAAAUGCCAUGGCUCAACACCACCUGCACCAAACUGGAAAAAUACAGAAAUGCAGAAAUGGUGUGAAAGUCCAUGGGAGAUUGCCAAAUGUUUUAUUAAUGCACCGGGAUAUUCUGACAAGACAAGGGCAUCUGCUUUUGACACAGUUGGUUUGCUUCAUCUACUUAUCAACAACAUCAGUUUACAUGCCCACUUAUCUUCCAGUUUAAUUGGUAGUGACCUCCUAAAUAAGACUCUACAAAGAAGAAAUAAAUUGGUCCAUUCUGCUUCUAUGGAAAUGGAAGACGAAGAUUUAAAUGGGUGUAUAGAUGAUAUCAUUGCAAUUCUUGAGGAUGAGAAAGAACUUAAAGCAAGGCAUGAAGCUCAACAAGCUGUCUGCAAGCUCAUGCAGCUGAAGAAAGAAAAUUUUAUCAUCACCACCCACAACGAGGUCGAAGUAUGCCGAGCUGCUCUACAAUCCAUUACGAAAAAAUCAAAGGAAUUAACACAAACAAUUCAAGAUGCAAAAGAUGACAUAAGUCAGAAAACUGCAGAAGCCACGAGAAACAUUGAUGAAAAGACACGGAAAGCCGUUCAAGGUGCUUUGGAAGAUUUAACCAACCAUACUGGUACAUUGUAUGAGAGAGUCGGACAUGUUGAGUCGGAAAUAGCUACUAUUAAAAAGCAACUCGCUGAGAAAGUUGGUACGAAAGACGAACUGGACGAUAUACGUGACCACCAUCAGAAACAGUUGAAAUACGUUCAAGCAAAACAUGCACUUCAAGAUAACUUAGUGAAAUUAUAUCAGAAACAUUAUGUGAAAACGUCUAUCUCACCAUUAAAGCUACAAGAGAACGACGUUAAUAUUGAGGAAGUAUAUGUUUCACCAGAAAUGGCUGUUCAAGUUAACAUGCAACACCAACAUAAGGCAUCUACGUCGAAAUGUUGUACAGUGAGCACAUCUGAGUGGAAGACUAUACACCGCUAUCGAGAUAUAUUUCAAACCAAUGACAAAAGGCAUAAAAAUAUUUAUAUACUAGGCGACGUUGGAGCAGGGAAAAGUUCUUUCUGUAAAAUGAUGAUUCAGAACUGGUGUAAAACUAUAACCGGCGAUUCUUGCAAUUACAAUGACAAUGAUAACACUCAAGGACAUUUUGUUACCAGUAACAUGUUUACCGACACAAGUGUUUCUGAUACAGUUACUACCAAUGUUUUGUUUCAAGAACAUUCUGUUUCCGAUAUAUUUAGUAACACUGAUGAGCGCGAUAUCACUGACUACUAUCGAAAUGGAUUUUCGGCUAGUACAAACUAUGUAUAUGACUACAAUGUUAUUUCCAAUUCCAGUGGGAAGAACCGUGAACCCCGCGUGUCUGAUGCAAGUGACAUACAUGAUGAUAUUUCUGAAUCUGAGACAAACCUAACUGAAUGGUCGGUGAAGCCAACUCCGGGGUCAGAGUUCGACAGUGACUAUCAAUAUAGCGUUGAUCCUUUCCUAGAUGAAAACAAUGCAGAUAUCCAAGAGAUGAGAAACUUUGACUUCCUUUUCUUUAUACCUCUGCGGAGUAUGUCCGGGUUGACCUCAGAUGUAACAGAAAUGAUCAAAGUAAUUGCCACAGAUGCAGAUCUUGCUUCCGAUGAUUUGAUAGACAGGAUAAUAGAGCAAGAGUCAGAACGUUGCCUUAUCAUUAUUGAUGGUCUAGAUGAAUGGAAUCCUCCAGAAGACACACCUAUCUUUCCGCAUGUGAGUUUUGGAAUACCAAAAGGAGAUAGAGCAAAGCAUUCCACGUUCAUUACAUUAUCUCGAGGGUCGGCAAAAGGAAUUCUUAACUUGAAAUCCACAGAAUGUGACCAAAAAAUAAAAUUACAAGGAGUGAAUUCAAAGUCAGUUCAAUAUUUUACUGAUAAAUAUAUGUCGAAAUUAAACAAAGCAGAUGUAUGUUCCAAGAAUUUCAUAAAGAAAGCCGCGAACUUCAGACGAGGACAUCUAGAGAGAACACCUUUACUCUUGCAACAACUCGUAUGGAUGUACUACACAGGAAAUGAAAUUGGAAAUUCGGUCAGUGAUACCUAUAGUCACCUUGUAAACAUAAUGCUUAGCUGGUCACAAAACAAAGAUGUCAAGGUCCUCGGUGACUAUGACAUUGGUGUACCUGAUAAGUAUAAAGAUUUGCAGCUGCCAAAGCUUUUAAAUAGAUUUUCGAGUUGUGAAGUCAAGAAACAGAGUUUGUUUCUUCUAGGCCAAGUUGCACUUGAAGUCUUAACUUCAAACAUGAAUACAAGCACAUAAGGUCGAUUAAACCUUCAGAAGAAAGGUAUGUCAAAUGCUGAUAUCAAUGAAUUAAUUCAAUGUGGCGUCCUAGUAGAAGAAAAUUCUUUCAACCCAAUAAAAGAGAAGACCAAGUUAGCAUUCAUUCACAAAUCUUACCUAGAAUUCUUUGCCGCAUUGUAUAUAUCUAGUCACUAUCAUCACAAAAAAUCUCCAAAAGUGACGAAACAAAGAAUGCAGAAGGAAACUAUUUUGAAAGAGGUUUUUGGAAAAUGUAAAACUGUUGCAGAUAUACUACAGUUAUCAAACCUAUUUAAAAUGGUGUGUGGAUUGUCUCCAUCUCUGCUUGGAGAACUUUCUGAAUUAAUUUCAACUAUUGCAAGAAGGGAUAAACGCAUGAUAAGAUACAGAAAUGAUGGACUUAUUUUAUGUAACGAAGAAGAACCAUUACACAUACAACGACUUAUGGAAGAUUGUUUGAUCGAAUGCGAGUCAUGUGAUAAGAUCGUGGCAGAUCUUCUUGAUGUUGUCAUUGAUGUUUGGACACGCACAUCUCUUUUACAUAGAAUCGUCCCAAAGUAUGUGUUAUCGUUGAAUAUAAGCGGUAGAUCAAAUGAAGAAAUAUGGGAAUGGGUGACAAAACUGUCUCGGCUUCAAUACGUAAAUAUAUGGGGUAUCACCUUACCUCAUUGCUAUUUUGUACUAUUUUCGUCGAUGCUGGAGAAAAAGUCGUUGAGAAUUUGUACAAUGACUCAUGUUGUAUGUGCCCAAGAUGACUGUGACGGUCACAGUGCUGACCUUUCAAAACAGGGUUUGCUUGAAAGAUACGAACUCUUUGACUGUGAGCAUGUGUAUAUAUCUGAAGUGAACACUAAAUGUCUUAAAGUGAUGUCCUUAAACGAUUACAGUGUCUCUACGUUAGAUUUUUAUUGUCUGGUCAAAGCCAAUAAAUUGACUGAACUUCGUAUAGGGGAUCUGGUCACCUUACGAUGUACUGAAUACAACCUCAAAAUGAAUUCGGCUGUACAGACUUUGCAGGUCUUACAAAAGCUAGUUCUGCAUUGUGUAGAAAUUAAAGCUGGUGCUUUAUCUGUAGCACCUGGUAUGAGACAGCUUACACAUAUUGAGUUGUAUCGAGUCACAAUGGACAUGGAAACCUGGUGUACAUUUGUUGAUAGCCUUCUCACUCUCCAACAGUCUGUUCUAUGUCAGGUGGAUACACUAUCUGGCAUCAGUAACAUGGACAGAGAUAUAUUCUAUAAUUAUAUCAGACAAAACAAGAAACUGUUUGAAGUACUUUCAGAGCAUACAUGCUAUUUGAGAUUUAGGACAAAGAAAUGAAAUGUUCUAGAAAACUGAAACUGACAAUUUCACGCUGUAGUAUUUCAUAGCUUUAGUUCCGGUAGUAAAAUCAAGUUUUGGAUUGUAAUCUUACAAGUAAAAUGAGAAUAUUUAAGAUCCAACAUACUACAUGUGCAUCAAAGCUUUUGAUAUUUUAAUUAACUUAAUUAAAUGUCACUGUAUCAUUCGCAUUUGAGCUUUAAUUGUAAGAAGGCCAAAGUAGAGCAAAACAAACAAUAACUAGAGUUAAAUAAAAGAAAAUUAUUUAUAUUCAUAAAUGGCUCGGUUUGCAUUCGAUAGCAUCAGCCUUUGGCAUACCGUUCUUCACAUAAAUGAUCUUAACUUGAUCGUAAAGUCCACAAAUGGACUUAUGGAUUUAAUGGAAUUAUUUUGAUUCUAGAUCUCGUAUAUUGUGGCUAAUAGCAAAACUUAUUUUGUCAAUAAAUAUCACAUUUCCAUGUUCUGCUUGUAUACAAAAAGAACUUUUAAGACAAUAAGAAUAAUAUGCAAGCAUUUA